AUAUGGAGUUCCAAUUGGGAACCUACAAGACGUGAUAACCUCUUUCGCCCCAUCGAUGUCGGCGGUCUCGGACUCAUACACAUCUUUCUAAAGCAAGUAAUAUCUCGAUUUUUAUUCUUCAAAACUGCAUCUCAUCAUUUCCUUCGCACUUACUUACAGACGGAACUCGCGAGUGCAUUACCUUAUUUGGUGGUUACAACGAUACCCGCAAGCACAUCACGUCCUGUGGGGUACCUCAAAGAAGUAGUGAGCGCGAUUGAGUUUCUAACAGCUCGUUUUUCUUUGGAGCAUUUAUUUACGGUUUCACGCAAAGUCUUAUAUGCUGAUCUGAUUGACAUAACGUUCCCUGAACCUUUGUAUCGAAGCAUAUAUAGUGAAGGCCCUGGAAAAGAUGUCCUCAGGCGUGUCCGAAAAUUACAUGUCUCGCCUACAGCAAAGUCAUUCUUCUUUAAGCUCCAUACUUCUACGUUACCUGUAAAACCCUGGCUUCGCGAACGUGGAAUUUUUGUGCCGUGGUCAAUCAAUUGUCGCCUUUGUAACCAACCGGAAACUAUAGAGCAUUGUUUUAUUUUCUGCACUGAUGCUUACCUUUUCUGGGAUGUCCUACAAAGGACACUGAAAAAAGACUUGAAUAUCAAUGCUUACACAAUACGUUUUUUGCCCUUAAAAUUGAAUGAUAGCUUUCCUUACGAUCUGUUUACAUUAAUGGGGUUGCAUAGCCUCUGGAAAACAAGAAUGAUUGACAGGAAUGCGGACCCUCCCCGAUCUACCAAAUCAAAUUUCAUUGAAACCGUAACGCAUGUACGAAAUGUAUUUAACUACCUUGACGAGCGGCCAGAUUGGUAUGUUCUUUCUGAUCGAUGCAUUAAUCUACCUGACUUUUAGCACGUGCAUUUUGUAUUUAUUUAAUAUUCCUUUCUGUUCCUUCUGUCUGUUCACGACAAUGAGCCUAUGAGAGUAUAAGAUAGAGAAUCAUAUGUAAUGGAAAUUGGGAUGUGAUAACCUUACCAUGUUUUUGUCUUGCAGUUGUCUAAUA